AUGGGGUGUUCAGCUUCUUGUCCCAGUAAUUUCAUCGCUGAACAGAAAAAUCCCAACUCUAAUUCUUCUUAUUCACAUUCAAAUUCCCAGUUGCAGUCUCCAUUUUCAGACCAUUGUUCAACUCCUGUUUCAAGAACUCUCUCUCUCCCUAGCCCUCUGGUUCACCACCCACCUCUGUGUAAAGGGGAUUCUAAUCAUUUUGUUUCCUUGACCUCCACCACUUAUGGUUCCCUUGUACUCGUUGAACCAUCAAAUCCCAAUUUCAGUGGCCAAGAUUUCGACAAUUUGAUGCCCCAUUUGGAAAAAAGUCAAAUUUUUGGCAAUUCUGAGGAUCCUUUGUCUCCAGACUCUGUUAUCAAUACUUGGGAGCUCAUGGAAGGGCUUGAUGAUUAUGAAUUCAAUUUCCACCUCAUUGACUACCCCAAGAAGGCCAAUAGAAAAGAUCUUGAUUCUAGUGAGCUAGUGAAAUCCUAUGAAUUUGUAGAGCAUGCCGAUUCCAAGCCGUUGUGGAAGCAUUUGUCUGAGGAAUCGUUGCUAGCAAAAAUGGAUCCCAAUGUGGUCUCAAGUUAUCGAAAGGCAUUGUUUGCUAGGCAACAUGGAUAUGAAAUGACCAAAGAUAUCUCAAAAGCCGAAAAGAUGGAGUCUUUGGAAUCGAAUAAUGUGAGUUCUUCAGUGUCAACUGAUAAUGAGUUGUAUUAUUUAUCUGGUGCUGAGGAUCGAAUUAUAUUGUAUUACACUAGUUUGAGGGGGAUUAGGAAGACUUAUGAGAAUUGUUGUGCCAUUAGGGGGAUUUUCAGGGGAUAUAAAGUGUGCGUGGAUGAGAGGGAUAUUUCUAUGGACUCGUCAUAUAGAAAGGAGCUGCAAGAGGUCUUGAAAGACAACCCUGUGAGCUUGCCACAAGUGUUCAUUAGGGGGAAAUACAUUGGUGGAGCAGAGGAGAUUAAUCAGCUUAAUGAGGCUGGAGAGUUGGCUAAGCUUUUGAAAGGUUUUCGGCUUAUGGAUUUGGUGUUUGUGUGUGAGAUUUGUGGGGAUGCAAGGUUUGUGCCAUGCUCAAAUUGCAAUGGAAGUCGGAAAAUUUAUGAAGAAGACGAAGGGAGAAUGAGAAGGUGCCCUGAUUGCAACGAGAAUGGAUUGAUACGGUGCUCUGGUUGUUUCCCUUGA